GUGAGAGAUCCUGUGAUUUUAGAUUUUUAUAUUGAAACCAAUCAGCACUAUCAUAAUAAAAUUAAAUUAAACACAUAUUUCCUUCCCCCUAGGACAUUUUCCAAACUAUACUUUUGGACAAGGUCCGCAAUGUACCUCACUUCCUGGUUAUCAUAACAUUUCAAUGAUAAUGCAAUGCUGCAUUAUCAUCAAGCAGGAUUAACGAAGAUAUACAGCCAACUAAUGACAUUUUUAAAGAAAACAAGCCAUGGAAUUCAGCAUACAAAUAUUUAUUUGUUCUUACGUGAAUUGGUGCAGUUCAUGUUCUAACGUCCAAAUUAAUGCAUCAGUGAAUGUGUCAACUGUAGACUGGUCCGGUUGUUCAGAUACAAGAGAGAUCAACAUGACCGUGAUAAACUCAGACUAUGUUGUGUUGUACACAAAUUCAACGACCUGCUGCUCGGGAAACCUCACAAUCCACUACAAUAUUGGUGAUUCAAAGUUAAAUCAAGAAGCAAAUGAUUCAAAGUUAAAGCAAGGUGCCCGCAAUAAGGAACCACAAAUGUACACGUCUGAUUCGUCUACAACAGAACAGGUAUCCCAGAUAUCCCAACAGAUAGUGGCGGGCACCAUACACCUUCCAGAUUAUCUCCUCUUAGGAUUAAGUGGCAUCAGCGGAUUUUUAGUUUUUACCACCAUUGUUACUAUUGUGGUUUUCGUUUCUGUGAAACGAAGAAAUGAACAGAAAACAAAGUCGAAGCGCUCUUUCUGCGUUUCCCAGGAAGUCGAUUGUAAUAUUGUAGACAGUUUGGAGACCCAAAAUGAAAGAUAUAUUGUAAAACUUGAAUCACCGGCUAAAACCCUACCACCUCAAAAUGAUUUUUCAUUUCAACAAGUGGAUUACCUGAACACAGUUUCAUCAAACCAAUCUUUAGCAUCCAAUGAGACUCUCUAUAUGAACACGUGUGAGGGAUGUUUAGAACCAGCCGAUGAUAUUCGGUCUACUUCAUCAGACGAAGCCACCUACAUGAACACCUGCGAAGGAUACCUUGAUGCCAAUGACCUUCGAAUUACUACCUCAGUUGAAGCUCAUUGUGUGAGAACUGUUUCAUCAAGUGAGUCAGGUGAAACCGACCAUUUAGACACCUGUGAAGAUUACAUGAAUGUGAGUGUCCCUCGACCUGCAAAGUGUGGUGGACCGGCUUUGGAUGAAUGUCCCGUUCUUCAUUUACCAUGGAUGUCAUCAAUUCAAUAUUCUGACCAGAUUGGGGAAGACAAUGAACAUGCUUCAACUUUAGCGGCUUAUAUAGAACUAAGUUAAACAUCUUGGUAUACAACAAUAUUUAUUAAACCACAAAAACUCUUUGAUAGAUGAUCAUACUAUAUAUAAGUAUUUGGCUUGAAAAAAAGACCCAACAGUAUAAU